AUGUCACCGUCAUCUCCGCCCAACAGCCUCGCCCCGCCCACCUGCGCCGCCACGCCAUUGGUGGACGUGCUACGACGCCGUACGGGAUUGGGAGAUAUUGCCUUCACUCUGCACAAAUAUCUCAAAGAGUUGAGUGUUAAAACGUACCUUGGCUACAUCAGCACAGUGACCAGUGCAAGAACGAGGGUCUAUCCUGCCAAUGAAGUGACCCUGCUGGAUACAAGGACAGCGCCAGGAGAACUGAAAUGGGCAGCCAGUCCUUCAGAGGGAGGGUGGGAGGAAGUGAGCAUAAUGGACGAGAAGAACAUUCCUAUCCGAACGUACCAAGUCUGCAACGUCCUCGAACCGAGUCAGAACAACUGGCUGAGGACGGACUGGAUCCCACGCUCCGGAGCGCAGAGAGUCUACGUGGAGGUCAAGUUCACGUUGAGAGAUUGCAACAGCCUGCCUGGAGUCACUGGAACCUGCAAGGAGACGUUCAAUUUGUACUAUCACGAGUCCAACGACGACAAAGAGAGCUACAUCAAAGAGAGCAGCUUCACUAAAGUUGACACAGUGGCAGCAGACGAGAGUUUUACGCAGGUUGACGUGGGAGAUCGCAUAAUGAAACUGAACACAGAAGUGCGGGACGUAAAAGUCACCACUCGAAAAGGCUUCUAUCUCGCCUUCCAAGACGUAGGGGCCUGCAUAGCUCUGGUUUCUGUGAGGGUCUUCUUCAAAACGUGUCCUCUCACUGUGAGGAACUUGGCCACCUUCCCCGAUACGGUGACCGGAGCGGACACGUCCUCGUUGGUGGAGGUCCGGGGUUCCUGUGUCAACCAAUCAGACGAAAGAGACGAGCCCAAGAUGUACUGCGGCGCUGAUGGAGAGUGGCUGGUGCCCAUUGGUGGAUGUCUGUGUAUCCCGGGUUACGAGGAGAAGAACGGAGUGUGUAAAGCCUGCCCCGUCGGCUUCUACAAGGCAAAAUCUUCGGACGUAGGAUGCGCCAAAUGCCCUCCCCACAGUUACUCUCUCAAAGAAGGGACAGCUGUUUGCGAAUGCCACUCUGGGUUCUACCGUGCCGACUCGGACCCUCCUGCUAUGGCCUGUACCCAGCCGCCAUCCGCUCCGCAGCAGUUGAUCUCUGUGGUGAACAAGACUUCGGUCGUCCUGGAGUGGAGCCCCCCUCGCCGCUUGGGGGGCCGCAGUGACACCAGCUACAAUGUGGAAUGCCUCAUCUGUCAAAGCUCCAAAGGGAACAAAAUGCUGUCCAGGAAUCACAACGUGUCCCAGCCCGAGGCGCAGAGAAAUGGCCUGGGGAUGCAGUCAGAUCAAGGCUUUGUGGGAUCGAAUUUACAUCCAGGGAGAGGCAUCUACCAGAGUGGAGACUAUUCCAAGCCCGACACAGACUCUGGGUCCCAGUUGUGCUUACCCUGCGAUUCCGAUGUCAUCUUUUCCCCCGGACAGAAUCGCUUGAUGUCUACAAGGGUGUUGGUCAGCGAGCUUCGGGCCCACACACACUACACUUUCAUUGUACAGGCGAGAAAUGGGGUCUCCCAAAGCAGCGGCGCAGGAACGACCCAGAGCGUGUCUGUGACGGUCACCACAAACCAAGCCGCUCCCUCUCCUGUAACAUUCGUCCAAGCCACCGAAGUCACCAGACACAGUUUGUCGUUGGCAUGGCAACAACCAGAACGACCCAACGGGGUCAUUCUCGAAUACGAGAUCAAGUUCUAUGAAAAGGAUCAGAAAGAGAGGUCCUACCGCAUAAUGAGGACUUUCUCCCAGAUUGUGGAUGUGGCCGGCCUCAGCCCGCUCACGGUCUAUGUGUUUCAUGUGCGUGCCCGCACGGCAGCGGGAUAUGGGGACUUCAGCACGCCCUUUGAAUUCUCCACUAAUUCAGAUCCUUUCCCUCUGAUUGGAGAAGGGGUGAACUCAGCCUUCCUGCUGCUGUCAAUCAGCGGCCUUGGGAUUUUACUCCUGAUAUCCGCAGCUGUCUUCAUCAUUACCCGCAGGAGGAGUAAAUACGGCAAAACCAAACAAGAUUCUGAAGAAGAGAAACAUCUUAAUCCAGGAGUGAAAAUCUACAUAGACCCAUUCACCUACGAAGAUCCUGAUCAGGCCAUCCAUGAGUUUGCCAAAGAGAUUGAUGUCAACAGUAUCCACAUCGAGAGAGUUAUUGGCAUGGGAGAGUUUGGAGAGGUGUGCAGCGGCCGACUGCGUUUACAAGGGAAGAGGGAGAGCUACGUGGCCAUCAAGAGCCUCAAAGCAGGGUACUCCGACAAGCAGAGGCGGGACUUCCUGGCAGAGGCGUCAAUCAUGGGCCAGUUUGACCAUCCCAACAUCAUCAGACUGGAGGGAGUUGUAACCAGAUGUAAGCCACUAAUGAUCAUCACAGAAUACAUGGAAAACGGAUCAUUGGACGCUUUUCUUCGAAAACACGAUGGUCAGUUCACAGUGAUCCAGCUGGUGGGCAUGCUGCGGGGCAUCGCCUCGGGGAUGAAGUAUCUGUCAGACAUGAGCUACGUGCACAGAGACCUGGCGGCGCGCAACAUCCUGGUCAACAGUAACCUGGUGUGUAAAGUGUCCGACUUCGGCCUCAGCAGAGUUCUGGAGGACAACCCAAACACAGCUUAUUCCACCAGGGAGGCCACUGGGACUUACCUUUCCCCUGGAGGAAAGAUCCCCAUCAGAUGGACUGCCCCAGAGGCUAUAGCCUACAGGAAGUUCUCCACAGCCAGUGAUGUAUGGAGCUAUGGCAUUGUCAUGUGGGAAGUGGUGUCGUAUGGAGAAAGGCCUUAUUGGGACAUGAACAACCAAGACGUCAUCAAAGCUAUGGAGGAGGGCUAUCGUCUUCCAGCGCCGAUGGACUGUCCCGUCGUGCUGCACCAGCUCAUGUUGGACUGUUGGGAGAAGGAGCGCGCAGAGAGACCCACCUUCAGCCAGAUCCUAAACAUGCUCGACAAACUCAUCCGUAACCCAGGAACCCUGCGGCGCACCGGGGGAGACAGACCCUCAGCCGCCAUUUUGGAAACAGAUCUUGGCACCGACAUGUGUGUGUCAGUCAUACCUGACGGGUGCUUACAAGAGUGGUCAGUGUGCGAGUGGCUCCAGUCCAUCGGUCUGGAUCGCUACAGGGACACACUGGCAGCCGCAGGGUACACCAGCCUGGACAGCCUUCUCACACUCACACACCAGGAGUUGGAAAGACUUGGAAUCAUCACACCUUCACAUCAGGACAUAUUACUGGCUCGAGUGCAACAGGAAAUGUUUUCCCAAAUGGAACACAUGCAACACACGAUGGUUCCAAUUAGGGUGGGCAUACAGAAGGCUAAUCCCGGCCCGCUCUUCCUUGUGGGAGUGGCAGCGGGGUGUCUUUGGUGCGCGGCCGGCCGUGAGCUGAAGGCUGUGAGACUCAGGCCUGCACACGGGCAGCUCUCUGCGCGGAUGGAGCGCCACAUCACGGAGGUGCCCCUGGUUCAGGAUUAG